AUGGGCAGAGCUCACGACGCCACCCCGACAACCCCAGAUCGCGCCCCGGCAUUGAAAAGAAAGCGAGGUGCAAGUAAACCAGCCGAAGCGACUCCUACACCAGUGAAGCGUACUCGGCGACGGGGACAAAACAAUGCCGCGACCUUACCAGAGUUCUCCGAGGUGGUCGACUUAACGGGCGAUUCACCCGUGAAGACCCCAGCGAAACAACAGACAAAACCACGGGCCAGGAGAACGCCAAACAGCGCGGCUGAUAGCACCAACGAGGAACGUCGAGCACGGAGAUUCCGCGCCCGGCCACCUCAGUCUCUAUGGGACCGACUAGCCCGUGCGGCGACUCAAAGGAUGUUCGUCGUCGGACACAACGUCGUCUGGACCGAUGAGAAUACCGAGUUUCCCUACCCCCAGAUGACCUUUGACAUGGUUGGCACAACGGGAAACAUGUACAAGACGACCAUCGGGAAGGUGCCGUCGUGCGACUGUCCAGAUGCCACCAAGAGAGGGACCCUGUGCAAACAUAUCUGCUACGUCCUAGUCAACGUCCUCAAAGCGACAACACAUCUGCAGUACCAGGCGGCGUUCCUAUCAUCAGAACUCCGCGAAAUCUACCACCACUCCCCCCUCGCGCAGAAAGAAGCCGAAUCCAAGCCGGGCGCAGACACAAACGGCAACAGAAAGCCCAUCGAAGGAGACUGCCCCAUCUGCUUCAUGGAAUUCGAGCCCGACAAAGAAGACAUCGUAUGGUGUCGCGCAGCGUGCGGGAACAACGUACAUAAAGCCUGUUUCGAAAAAUGGGCCAUCACGCAGCGCAGCGUGGGAGUUCGCUGUGUAUACUGCCGCUCCCCAUGGGAAACAGACCACAGCACCCCGAACCUAGAAACCCUCAAACAAAACGGCACCGUUAGCGAAGACGGCUACGUAAACGUAGCACAACAGAUGGGCCUUUCAGGCCAACGCGAUUAUUCAACCUAUCAUCAGCCUUGGGCUUACCGGGGAUCGUACUCCUCUGGUUGGCGUAGGAGUUAUUAUCCUGAUUACGGUGAAGGGGGGUACUAG